GAGGAGGAAGCUUGCAGCGGGCUCAGGGCAGGCAGGUGUUGGAGUCAAGUCUAGAGUAGGGCAGAUGGCUUGGGCCACGGUGAGGAGUUUGAAUUAUGUUCUACUGCUGAGAGAAGUCACUCGAGGCUUAAAGUACAAGGGUGACAUCAUCCUGUCUAUGCUUUUAAAAGAUCAGGCUAGAGCUGUGUCCCUCCAGCUAGUUCGCCACGGAAUCUCCGGAAUCUGGCACCGCUCUGCUCCCCAGUGGGUGCUUCAAAUCCUACGGAAGGAUGUGCUAACUUCCGUACGACCUGGCGAUAGUCAUUUCUUUCUGUGCGUUUAGUUUCUCCACUAGAGUGACAGUCAAUGGGAAUUUCAUGUCUACAACGAUCCGAGGGUCACGACUUAGGCUACCUGCCUCCAGAACCAGCACCAGAAAACCACGCCAUCGGUCCAGAAGGAAAUUGAAAGGAGAGCUCUUUCUCCAGCACCCCAGCCAACGCCCAGCGGCCCCGUCCAGCCAGGGCGAGAGUUCUGAAGAUGCUUCAUCAGCGGAGGUGGAAUCCGCGGGCAAAAGCCAGAACUCCAUUCCCAGAUUGGGCACAACCGUGACCGUAAAGCCCAUUCUCCGGCAGCCCAGUCAACGCUCGGCGGCCCCGCCCGGCCAGGACCAGGGUCCCGCGGUUGCUGCAGCCGCGGAGGUGGGAUCUGCCGGCCAAGGCCAGAGACCGCUCCGCGGAUUGGGCAUAACCGUGAUAGGAGCCUUGCGAUUGGCCUUUCGCAAUGCAGAGGUGGAACUUGAUUCCUGCACCGGGGCCUCAGGGACACAGCAAAAGCCAGAGAAGCUGCAGCUGGGGGCGAUGGCCGCUCCAAGCCCUGGGCCCCGCGAGACCCAGGCCCCCUCCCUGGAAGCUGGGAACAGGCCAAUUGCCUCAGGGAGUCACCGUGGCUUCUUGUUGCGCCUCCGAGACAAGCAGAAUCGAGUGGGCCUGUUUGAGAUCAGUCCAGGGCAUGAACUGCACAGAAUGACACAGAUGUUGCAGGAAGGUCUCUGGGCUGCCACCCAGGUCUCCAUGGACAACCCACCCAAGGGACCUCCCACCCAGAAGGAUUUCUCGGAAGUCAUGACCCAGGUUCACGAAGAGGGCUUCGAGCUGGGAACCCUGGCCGGUCCAGCUUUUGCACGUCUGAGGCAAUACCUAGGCCUGGCUGAAGAAGACUAUCAGGCUACUCUGGGCCCCGGUGGCCCCUACCUUCAAUUUCUCAGCACCUCCAAGAGCAAAGCUAGCUUCUUCCUGUCCCGUGACCAGCGCUUCUUCCUGAAGACCCAGAGGCGCCACGAGGUGCAGGUGCUGCUCGCCCACCUGCCCCGCUACGUGCAGUACCUGCGGCGGCACCCACACACGCUGCUGGCACGGUUGCUGGGAGUGCACAGUCUGCGUGUGGCUCGCGGGAAAAAGAAGUACUUCAUCAUCAUGCAGAGCGUCUUCUACCCUCCCAGCCGCAUCUCUGAGAGGUAUGACAUCAAGGCCUGCGAGCUGAGCCGCUGGGUGGAACCAGUCCCUGAGGGCAGCCCCCUUCUCCUGGUGCUGAAGGACCUCAACUUUCAGGGAAAGACCAUUAACCUGGGACCCCAGCGGAACUGGUUCCUUCGCCAGAUGGAGCUGGACACUGCCUUCCUGCGGGACCUCAAUGUGCUGGAUUACAGUCUCCUGGUGGCCUUCCAGCUCCUCCACGAAGAUGAAAAGGACUGUUUCAGUAUUUUCCGUACAGUCAGAGGCUUUGGGGUGAAGGAGAUUGGAGCAGGAUCCAGACUCCCCACAGUCACAGCCCAACAACGCCUGGAUCAGAUGUUGAAGAAGCAUCCAUGGAGUAGUGUCAUUCAAGCCAGCUCUUACCUAGCACUGCCAAUGGAGCUGAGCACUCCCAGCACUGCCAAUGGAGCUGAGCACUCCCAGCACUGCCAAUGGAGCUGAGCACUCCCAGCACUGCCAAUGGAGCUGAGCACUCCCAGCACUGCCAAUGGAGCUGAGCACUCCCAGCACUGCCAAUGGAGCUGAGCACUCCCAGCACUGCUAAUGGAGCUGAGCACUCCCAGAACUGCUAAUGGAGCUGAGCACUCCCAGUGUGCAUAGGGUAGUCAUCAUGUUGAAGGUUUCCCAAUAGGCUUUUCAUUGCUCCCCACACCUCCCCAGCUUCCAGGUUAAUCCUGCCCACGCUCUUCUGCCACCCAUUUUGAUUGGUCCGUACUGUAAUGGGGCUUGUCUCUCAUUGGUUGUCUUUUCUUCAAGAGCCUGCCCUCAGCAUAUAGCUUUAUAGCAGUGGUUCUCAACCUGUGGGUCUUGACCUCUUCAGGCUGCAUACCAGAUAUCCGGCAUAUCAGAUAUUUACGUUAUGUUUCAUACUGGUAGCAAAAUUACA